AUGGAUGUAGCUACUGUGACGUCACCUGUUGGUGUAGACGUGUGGUUUAAAGCCUCGAGUUUGGGCUUUUGGCCAUCGCUACGGAGGUUUUUUGAAGCCAGAGGUGACCACAUUUGGGACCAGUUCCUCAGGGCCGCUCCAGUAUCAGGGGGUGUCGGGGAGUUCCUGAUGAGAAAAAUGGGCUGGAAGACGGGAGAGGGCUUAGGGAGGAACCGCGAGGGCACCGUGGAGCCGAUCAUUAUCGACUUCAAGGUGGACCGCAAAGGACUUGUUGCUGAAGGAGAGAAACCACAAAAGCAGACAGGAGGACUGGUGGUAACCAAAGAUCUAAUGGGGAAGCAUCCGGUGUCUGCUCUCAUCGAGUUGUGUAACAAGAGACGGAUCAUGCAGCCAGACUUUGUAAUGGUUCACCACAGCGGUCCUGAUCACCGCAAGAACUUUCUCUUCAAGGUCACAGUAAAUGGAGUGGACUACCAGCCCCAGACAGCUAGUCCGAAUAAGAAACACGCCAAGGCCAUGGCAGCUACAGUUGCACUGCAGGCCCUUGGAGAGGUUCCUGUUGAUGGACCAGGACUUUACACUGGCCCCGUCUUCACCGCUGCCUCUACCGGUCCUUUGUUUUCUACAUAGAAAUCCACACGAUAGUGAGACUGACUGAACCAUUUCACUAAAUUCUCUUUUCAGUUGCGGGACACUGACAGAAAGAGUUUCUCGAGUCCCGCUAAAUAACCAGUCCAUCAUUUCCACUCGGUGACUUAUUUAUACUGUAUACCGAUGACACAGUGGUGUCUUCGUACGGAGGCUACCUAGGAAUCCACAAAUUCACACACUUAAGUCAUGACUAGGUGGCAAAUAUAUUUUUGCCAAGUUUUUAAGGAUUUUAAACAACUCUCCAUCAUGAGAAAUGUUGGUGGCAUGUAUGUAUGUAAUUAUGUAUGUAUGUAUGUAUGUAUGAUAAAGUAGUGUUUCAGCCUGGUAUUUAUUAGCUGACCCGUUGUAGAUGAGUUGUUCUACAGUGGGUUUGGUGUUGGUCGUGCCACAGCAGAGUCAAAUCGGGCUGUUAAAUGAAAAAUGUAUGUCUUGUUGGUCAAUGUCCCUGGCAUUACAUUUGUUGCCAGACGUCCUCCUAACAAUACGUUUCUCAUACAAGAGACUGUUGCAUUUUAUGGAACUAACCGUCUAAAAUUGUGUGAACAGAAUAAAGAUUAUAUUUAUGUAAAUAAA